GGACUUUUGGAACAUUUGAUUACAAUGCUACAAGAAACCAUCGCCAAUCUUAUCAGUAUUGCUGGGGAACCAGGAUUUUAUCUCAAAGUUAUCGCGUUGUGCCUUACUAUAAUCACAAGCUUAUUUUGGCGACUCUCCGAGGCGGGGUUUUCAGGAAUGGACGGACACUUUCAAGAAGUAAUCUUUGCUCACACAGUUCCCGGAUAUCUAACGGUGAUGUUCGGCCUAGUGGUGGUCUACUUGUUGGGAGACAGACCAAACAGAUGGUUCUACUUCAUCUUCUACGGCACCGGCAUUGUCUUGCUGCUGCUGGUGGGGUUUUGGGGCGUGUUCAACUGCUUGUUCAAGGACCACGACUGGGGGCUGUCUCCGAUGUUCAUGGCGUUCUCCAACAUCCUGACCGCGGCGGUGAUCGGUGCAGACCUGUUAUGGAGCACCGCGCUCUUCGGACUAUGCGAAAUGGUCACAGAAAGCUUAAACAAGAGACGUAAGGCUGACAACGACGAAGACAGUGAAUGAGGGAAGGUUUUGGGAAGAAGCUAUUACCGCAGGUGGCAUGGAAAGACCUGGGACCGAUUUAUUUCAAAAUUGU